CGUUGUACAGGUAGUAUAGCAAUUAAAAUCAUAAUCAGCUUAGCGGUCUUAUUCAGAGUAGGAAGCGGAAUAACAGUCUUUCGCCUAAAUACAGCAUUGCGCUGUGCUGUCUAUUAGGACCUAAUCAGAAAUCAGAUAAGAAUUAUUAGACAUCAAAACAGUGGGAAGGGGAUUUACGACGUCGUCGCGACUAUUUUCGAAAUCAUUUGAGAGAAAGUUAUUGUAUCCGUUUAUUCUUCAAUACUAUUAACACUUGUCCAAAAUGGCAAGUCGAAGUCGCUCCAGGGAACGGGAUCGUAACCGUCGUUCGCGUCAUGUUAAAAGCAAAGAAGAACGCAACAGGAGAAAACAUCGAAGCUCCAGUAGCAGUGGCAGUAGCUCUGAAAGCAGCAGUUCUAGCGAAAACGACAGCAGCCGAGACCGUUCAAGACAAAAGAAGAAGAGUCGAAAGCGGCGGUCCGAUUCACGGUCGCCCCGCAAACAUACAUCCUCCCGUGAUGAGCGAAAAAAACGACACGAGCAGUCGAAAGAAUCAAAGCGAAGAAGUCGCUCGGAGUCCAGAGAUCGCUCCAAGCGGUCCCGUAAAUCUAAAUCUCCACCGUCAGAAAAAGCGCAACCUGCCGGUCCCAGUUACAAUGGAUCCGCUGGUGGUAUAUCAAGCAAACGAUGGGAAAACGAUAUGUACCGGGAGAAGCAAUCGUGGCACGACGCAGAUCGCAGCUACCGCCCCAGGUAUAGACCCACCCACGAUGCCAUGGACGAAGAGCUGCUGCAAUCACGGCGUUUGCAGAGGGAAAUAAUCGGCGAGGAGGGUGUUGCGAUGGCGUGGGCUGAUUCGCCUUCCCCGCGAGACUCAUCCGAGGAUGAACGCGAGCAGGCGGUCACGAAAAAAUCGUCGAAAAAGAGUUCGAAGAAAAAAUCCCGCGCUGGGGGCGAUAAAAAGGACAAAAAGAAAAAGAAGUCUUCAAAGAAGCACCGCAAAAAGGAAAAGCAUUCGAAGAAGAAAAAGAAAAGCAAAGAAUCUUCCGACAGUUCAUCUACGGAUGAUGGUGACGAGGAGGAUGAGUGGGUGGAGAAAUCUGCCCUCGUGGACAGUUCUGGGCUGGCAAAGGCGGGCAGUUCUAAGGUUGGUAUUCUGAACCAGGAGGAGGAGACGAUCGAUGGCGUUGUUGGUCCGACAAAGACGAGCGGCAAUUUAAACCAGAAGGACUUUGGUCGAGCGCUGCUGCCGGGUGAAGGUGCGGCCAUGGCUGCCUACGUUACCGAGGGUAAACGUAUACCCCGGCGAGGUGAAAUUGGACUUACUUCGGAGGAGAUUGAUACCUUCGAGAAAGUGGGUUACGUUAUGAGUGGUAGUCGGCACCGGCGAAUGGAAGCUGUCCGUAUACGUAAGGAAAAUCAAAUCUAUUCAGCGGACGAAAAGCGAGCGUUGGCAAUGUUCAGCAAAGAGGAACGCCAGAAGAGGGAGAACAAGAUCUUGUCACAGUUCAAGGAAAUGAUCAGUGCUAAGCUGGCCAGCGACAAGCACUAAACACUGCAUUAUACUUUCAAAUAAAUAAAUAACUGAAA